AAAAAAAAAAAAAAAUCUGAAACACAAACUCACAUACUUUCUAUAAUGAAUACCAACAUUUUGUUCAUUUUAUUUUUAUCCUUUAAAAUAGGAUUAGUAGUGUGCAAAGGAAAAAAUGUGAAUCAAAAUAUCGAUCAAAACACGGAAGCCGUGUUACCAAAAUCUGAAUUUGCAAAAAAACAAAGCCAGCUAAUUGACGUUCUGAAAAACGCGAAGUCGGUGGAAGAUGUUCUAGUUGGGUAUGGAUUACCUGGCCUUAUAAAGUUAAAAAAAACAUUUUCUGGCGCUUCAACUUACGGCAUAGCCCCAAAACCUGGUCAAAGUUUAGAUAGUAGUGUAUCAGUUGAGUUUACUGAAUAUGAAUGCGCAAUACGGCCGCGAGUUGUCGACGUGGACUUUGUUCCAGGCUACUUUACGUUUCCAGCAUGUAUACAAGUUAAUGAAUGUAGUGGUUGUACCACAAAAUCAUUAAUAUACAAAUGCGUACCAGACGAACAAGUUAAUGUUACUGCAAACGUAGUGGAUAUUGAUUAUUCCGGAGGUUACAGAAUAAGAAAAGUAACCACGCUGCAACCAAAAAGCUGUAAAAUGGAGUGCCGCAUAACAGCAUCAGAUUGUACACCAGGUCAGGUGUAUGACCCAAAUAGCUGCACAUGUUCUUGUUCUUCUUUUGUUGAGAAGUGUCCAGUCGGAAAACAGUGGUCUAUUGUGAACUGCGCAUGUGCUUGUUCCGAAGUGAAAACGUGUUCUUCUAACAAAAUAUGGAAUAAAGAUUCUUGCUCAUGUCAAUGCAUUCCCAAAGUAUGCCUUCCAUCACAAAAACAGGACCCUAUCUCAUGCAACUGUGUUUGAAUGGUGAUUGAAAUUUUUUUUAACAGAAGUACGAUAAUCAAAAAUCGUUUUUCUUACAUUGCAAUUUGGUUAUUCAAUAACCUUUAAUAAUUUUUAAUAACAGUGUAACGUAACUUUUAAAUAAAUUAAAAUGUAAUAAAAUGUAA